AACAACAAUUCUUAAUUCACAUAAGUGUUGCAUUGUAUUUAGCACUUCGGAAACAGGUAUGUGAAUUCCUUCCUUAGAGAAUUUUAUGGAAAUAUUUGUGCUGAAUUGUGUAGAAUACAUGAGUUGGUUAGUUGUUUAGCUGAAAUAUGUAAGACAACUAAUAGUGUUUACAACCUCGGUUAUUGUAUUGUGAAUAGAGCGAACAAUAUAAUAUUUGUAAUGUAAAAGAUCCGGUCAAUUGCGUAUUGAUGAUGCUCAGUAUUAAAUGACAAGCCAGCCCCUAAACAAAUCGUGUGAGCUUGGUAUGUUAUUUGUGAUAGAUAACUAGUUUGUAAUCCAUGAGAGGGAUAAUGCUGCUUUCCAAUUAGGGAGGUUGUUGGAAGAGGAUGUACCGAGAGAUUUAGAAACUGAUUUAUACUUCAGUCUCGAGAGGAAAGUUAUUGCUAGUGGUUUUCAAAAUUACUGAACGAGCUAUGAGACAUUGUGGUGUAAACGUGAGUAAGUUUAUUUGACUACUAACUAUUACCAAGUAAUUUGUGUAUAGAAUUAACUUGAAAGUGUAAUGAUGGUGAAGCAUUAGAAUGCAAACUUAGUUAUCCGAUAGUUAGUCACAUAUUUACCAUGUUUGUAAAAUAUCUGUAGUUUAGGACUAGAAUGGAUCAAUCGGUUUGUUACUGGCAUAUUUGGAUUCUGUGAGGAUUGCCUGAAUAUUGCAAGUCACAAGUAUUGUUCUAAGCAGAGAUGAGUAGUGGUAGUGGUGGUGGCUAUCAGUGAAAUACAGGACGUCGGUCAGGUUGUAUUUGGGACUGAUCUGCUUGAUGUUUAUGUGCACUCCGUGACUGGAAGAAAAUGGUGUUCGAUCCAAACACUACUGCGUUGUCCACUUAUCUGCUGAGCGGAAACGCGAUAAAGUUUGAAGUGGACGGUACCGGAUUGGAGUCCCAGAUUGGACGUCAACUUGGAUGCAGAUUCAUCCAGCUAGGUAAACCUGAAGAGAACUAAACGCGCCCCUUGAGGUUCACUGCUAGCCACUAUUCAUCUCUGCCUAGAUUUAGAAAUAAUUUUGUCAAUGCUUAUUAUAUCGCUCAAUUCGCCAUUGUUUUGAAAUUGAUCAUGAAAAUUCUGUACGAUAAGAUUUCGCUUAUAUUCAGCAAUACAAGUAGAUUAUAUUUUGUUUAUGUGUAUAUGGGUAAGGUAGUUUUACUUCUUUCAUUGUGGAAUCCGUGUGAGGAUGAACUCGUUAUAUGAGAUGUGAAAGUCGAAAGUAGACUUUGUAUGGAAACAUGGCACUAUUAGAAGAGAAGAGUGUAUAAACACUGAAGUAUUCUAGCCUUUAAUCAUGAGAUGUUUUGAAUUGAAUUGAAUGACAAAAGUGGUAGUUGCAUGGGAAUUGGUUCCUUCAACAACUGAGUAGUGGGUAUACAUCACGGUUUGGCUGGCAUUGGCCUUUGUGAAAUGGGAUUAUGAAGAAUCAUCAACAAGAGUAAGGGAAAUAAUAUUUGCAGACCAAUCCAUUGGUUGGAAAUCACUGGACUUCCAAAGAAUGUUUAAUACAAGAUAGACUAAGCGAUGAGAAGAUGAUUAAGUGCCACGUAAAAUUGGGAAGAAAAUGAAGUAUUGAAAGCAGAGUAUAAUUGGAUGUUUCUGUUCGAGAAAAGAACUGAACGGUGCAGAAAACAAUCAGUCAUGAGUUAUAUGUUUGUGGAUACUCGAAACUACUGAAUAUUGAAAAGUAGUAGUAUAGUGUAGCGUGCCAGAAAUGUAUUCACCGAUGUCAUACAAUUGAAUUGGUAAGUAUAUCAUUCUCAAAUGGAAUUGUUUUGUUGUGUCUUAACUUCUGUCAUGUAUCGUUGUCGAUUAAGCAUCGUAUGAAAUUGUUUUAAACUAAUUCUGUUUACUACAAGGUCCAAUCUUUUGGUUUUAUGUGAUUCCAUGUAACGGACUUCUGGACUGACUACCACCAUAUGUUUACCGUAUUUAACUAGACAAUGAUUGUAACAAAUACCCGAUGUGGAGAAGUUCAGUACUAAGAAGCAUGAUUAUGUAACUAAACUGAUUUCGUUUACAUAUGAGAAUACUCAGAAUGUUAGAUCUCAAAUACAAUGUUGGCUACUGAAGGAUUUAAACUGUACAUAGAAAUAAAAUGAUUGUAACAUGGAAUGGUGGAGUAGAAUUACUAUUAUUAUUAUUAUUGUUCCAAGUUUUUUAGUUGUGUUUUAUUGACUGUGUUACAUGGAGAAAGAAAACUGUAAUAGUAAAGACGAGGUAUCUUGUGAUGUUUACACAAAUCAAAAUUGGUUUCAGCUCAUUCAAUUCAUUGUAUUGUAAAAAUCCUGAUCACUGAAUUAUUUGUCAGAACGUUUUCAAGGAAAAAUUGGCCUGGUCAUCGAGGCAGUCAAAACGACAGUCGAUAGUGUUUAUCGCCUGUUCGUUCAAUUCACUUGUAAGAAAAAUAUCGAAACGAUAGCUGACUUACUGAUAAACAUCUUCAAAGAUCCCUAGUGCACCAAAUGAAGCCUUCUGAGCAACGACUCAACUGACCCCCAUGCUCUAUCAAAAACUCAGUAAAUGUAACCUGACCUGAACCGAAGUCAAGAUGUGAAAGAAAGGACUGUGAUCGAAGAGAUGGGUAUCCGAGGGUUGUGGACGUAUAUAGAAAGCAGCGGUGGAAACUUAUCCGUGUAUGAAUUGCAUAACCAGCCUUUAGUUAUUGAUGCUGAGAACUUUGCUACCGCCUGUUAUCGUGAAGCUGCUUUGCAAUGUGAAUUUGGUGGAGAGUAUUUGGCAUUUAAGAGUUAUGUGCAGUCAUUGUUAAAAGAGUUUAGUAUCUGUGGUGUGGAGCCAAUUUUCGUUUUCGGUGGAUGUCAUCCGAAAGAGGGAACAAAAUUGGAUACUUUGAUGAAGCGGAACAAGGAGUACUUUAAACAACUCUCAUCAGCUCUUCUGAUUGCUAAGUCAACUUGCAGCACAGAGUUGAACAUUGAUAUAGCUCCACGACUUAACAGAAAUGUUCUGGUUGAAAUUCUGCGUGAAUCUUCAAUUCGAUACAUAGCAUGUGAACGUGAAGCUGAUAUCAGUACAGCAGAACUUGCUGUUCAUCUUCAAUGUCCUGUUACCAGUAAUGAUUCUGAUUUUUUUAUUUAUCGACCAAACGAUAAUAAUCAAGUGUAUCAUUUUAUUCCAUUUUCAACUAUUUCACGUUAUUCUAAGAAAAGAUCCGUCCUUUGUUCUAUUUGUAAACGGAGUGGUGCUCCAUGUUAUGUCAUGUCGUGUUCAAUUCUUAAUAAUUCAGGACCGUUUUCUAAACUCAAGUAUCCUAUGUUACCACUUUUUGCCAUUCUCGUUGGUAAUGACAUGAUAUCAAAUAUUCACCUUCCAACUAUCAUCGAUUCACUAAUCCGUACUUCUAAACUACAGAGGAAGUCCUACUAUCAAAGACGUAUCGAUGCUAUAUUUAACUGGCUGUUAAGUUUCCGUGACAUAGAAGAACCAUUGUCAUUGGUGUUGUCACUUUACGAGGAAAACGAAAGGGAUGGUAUUGGAAAUACAAUCCGUUUAGGGAUUUCGGAUUAUGUUCUAAGUAGUUCAGGAGAAAACCUGGCUCGUGAAUUAGGCUUUUCAACUGAACACAAUAUCUCAUCAAGUGUUUCGUUGUCAAGCAAGAUGGGAAAUUUGAGCAUUCAGAAUCCCACAACUUAUCGGGGUUCUUACUGUGAGGAUGUUUGCAAAUUUUCUAAACCUGUAUUGGAGAGAAAUGAUGAUGAAGACAGUAUAUUUCACCGUUGGCCGAAAGAAUUGAUUAGGCGAUUUAGAUUUCUGGAUUUAAUUCCAUCCCUACUUGACCACAUGUAUGUACGAAAUGGUGCUUUUUCUCGUUUACUAAUGGAGGACGUAAAGAUUCCUAAUUCGCUUGAUGAGUGUAUGUCGAAGAUGAGAAGUGCUAUAAAUGGACUUAUAUAUGGACUUGAAAACCACUUGGGCACCAGUGGAAAGUUAUGUGGAAUGGAGAAUGAGUGUGUCAGUGAGUAUAGGAGAAACCUGAAUGGUGAUUUUACGAAGACUUUAAUGUCGAUGAAGCCUCUGAAACCCCCUAGUGCUGAAACGCCUGAAUUGUCGUUCUUAACUUUUUUCUCUAAAUUUUUCAAUGUGAAUUUGGAGAAAGAUUUUAAGCCUCUUGAAAUACAAGGUUUGGCUAUUUUAUUAAUUCUAUGGUUCAGAUGUUCAUCUCAUGCUCAAAACGAAGCUAAAAGCAUUAAGACAUCGCCAGUUGCACUUGCGUUGUCAUGUUGUACAAUCGCAAUGAAUUCAAAUCGUGAAUUUCUCGGUAGAAAUCGUGAUGUUGAUGGAGAUUUCGCUAACUCUAUUCGCACACAUCUCGAUAAGUGUGCUGAUGUGGCCGAAUCAAAUUGUUGUCAAGAAGUAAAUAAACGUUCCUUCUGUAUUGAGCAAGUUCACCAACUUAAUGAAUUGCAAAGUAUGGCCACUGGUUUAAAGCAUUUAGUUGCAAUGAUUGAGGUGCUUUGUCCGUUUUAUAUGUCAAAUAGUAAUAAAUUUGAUAGUUGUUCACAUUUUAGGAAUCCUUUCAUAAGCUUUUAUCCAUUUUGGAUGUUAUUUGCCAGUGGACGUCUUUUAUAUUGGAUUAGUCGACUUCUACAAAAUAUUGAUCCAUCUGAACGUUUCCAUAAAGUUAUGAAUGAGUGGCUUCCGAAAUUGCUUAUAAGGACCAAUACUGGACGUGAACAAGGAGAUUGCGCCUCAAAAGAUCUUACCAAACUUUUCAACCUAAUUGAUAAGUUGAACUCUUGAGAUCUACUUACUCAUGGUUCGGUUUCUAUUAUUAUCAUCAACGCUAGUAUUCGUUUUAUUAUUUCUGAUAAACUGUCAUUUUUAAUUUAUAUAAACAUACACACGCAACACUUGGAUGGUUUGUUGUCGAAACUUUUAACUCUCAUGCCAUACUUGCACAUCGAUUUUCCUAAUAACUAGAACCAUUCAAAUAUUUUAAAUAUACAUUUCAUCAAUUCAUGAU